UUGUUCCGCGCCUGGAGCCAGCGGCGGCGGCAGCGGCUGGGGCGGCUGCGGGAGCCGAGCGGUCGCUGGGCGCGCUGGGGGACGCCGGCUGCACUCCGAGGCAGGCGCUCUGCAAUGAGACAGUAAAUGCAUCCCCCGCGUGCUGUUGCAGGGUAACAUCUGGACUGGGCUCCUGGACCCUUGGAUGCUCGGCUGCAAGUUCCUGGAUCGACUUGGAGAAAACAGUAUUGCUGCUGAAGGAUUCUCAGAUGCUUCAGGGAAAUCGACUUCACAUAAACUGAGAAUUUAGACACUCUAAGUGAGAGUCCUCAAAUCUCCUGGGAAAAUGGUGGCUCUGUCCUUAAAGAUUUGUGUCCGCCACUGCAAUGUGGUGAAGACCAUGCAGUUUGAGCCAUCCACGGCUGUGUACGAUGCAUGUCGAGUCAUUCGAGAAAGGGUGCCCGAGGCGCAAACUGGCCAAGCUUCUGACUAUGGGCUAUUUCUCUCGGAUGAAGACCCCAGGAAAGGAAUUUGGCUGGAAGCAGGCAGAACACUGGAUUACUACAUGUUGAGAAAUGGGGAUAUUUUGGAAUAUAAAAAGAAACAGAGACCUCAGAAAAUUCGAAUGCUCGAUGGAUCCGUGAAAACGGUGAUGGUGGACGACUCCAAGACGGUUGGGGAACUCCUGGUUACUAUCUGCAGCAGGAUAGGAAUUACAAACUAUGAAGAAUACUCUUUAAUCCAAGAAACAAUUGAAGAAAAGAAAGAAGAAGGGACGGGUACGCUAAAAAAAGACAGGACACUGUUAAGAGAUGAGAGGAAGAUGGAGAAGCUGAAGGCCAAGCUUCACACGGAUGACGACUUAAAUUGGCUGGAUCACAGCCGAACAUUCAGAGAACAAGGAGUAGAUGAAAACGAAACACUGCUGCUUAGACGGAAGUUCUUUUACUCUGAUCAGAAUGUGGACUCAAGAGACCCCGUGCAGCUGAACCUGCUCUAUGUUCAGGCUCGGGAUGAUAUCCUGAAUGGCUCCCACCCUGUCUCCUUCGAGAAAGCAUGUGAGUUUGGUGGAUUUCAAGCCCAGAUUCAAUUCGGACCUCAUGUGGAGCAUAAACACAAGCCUGGAUUCUUAGAUCUAAAAGAAUUCCUGCCCAAAGAAUACAUCAAGCAGAGAGGAGCUGAAAAGAGAAUAUUUCAGGAGCACAAGAACUGUGGAGAGAUGAGCGAAAUAGAAGCCAAAGUCAAGUACGUCAAAUUGGCCCGGUCCCUUCGGACAUAUGGUGUGUCCUUCUUCCUGGUGAAGGAAAAGAUGAAAGGGAAGAACAAGCUGGUGCCUCGCCUGCUGGGGAUCACCAAAGACUCAGUGAUGCGUGUGGAUGAAAAGACCAAGGAAGUGUUGCAGGAGUGGCCACUGACCACGGUCAAGCGCUGGGCAGCCUCACCCAAGAGCUUCACACUGGAUUUUGGGGAGUAUCAGGAAAGCUACUACUCCGUACAGACCACUGAAGGAGAGCAAAUAUCCCAGCUGAUUGCAGGCUACAUUGACAUCAUCCUCAAAAAGAAACAAAGUAAAGAUAGAUUUGGACUGGAGGGCGAUGAGGAGUCGACUAUGUUAGAAGAGUCCGUUUCCCCUAAAAAGUCCACCAUCCUGCAGCAGCAGUUCAAUCGCACCGGGAAGGUGGAGCACGGUUCGGUGGCGCUGCCAGCUGUAAUGCGCUCUGGCUCCAGCGGGCCUGAGACCUUCAAUGUUGGCAGCAUGCCCUCACCACAGCAGCAGGUCAUGGUUGGGCAGAUGCACCGCGGCCACAUGCCCCCACUGACCUCAGCCCAGCAGGCCCUCAUGGGGACCAUCAACACGAGCAUGCACGCUGUCCAGCAGGCCCAGGACGACCUCAGCGAGCUCGACUCCCUGCCACCUCUUGGCCAGGAUAUGGCGUCUAGGGUGUGGGUUCAGAAUAAAGUGGACGAGUCCAAACACGAAAUCCACUCUCAAGUCGAUGCCAUCACAGCUGGAACCGCGUCCGUUGUUAACCUCACAGCCGGUGAUCCUGCGGACACCGACUACACUGCCGUGGGAUGCGCCAUCACCACCAUUUCUUCCAACCUGACGGAGAUGUCCAAGGGCGUGAAGCUGCUGGCUGCCCUCAUGGAUGACGAGGUGGGCAGCGGGGAGGACUUGCUCAGAGCCGCGAGGACCCUCGCCGGGGCUGUGUCAGAUCUGCUGAAAGCUGUGCAGCCGACUUCUGGAGAGCCUCGACAGACAGUUUUGACCGCCGCUGGAAGCAUAGGACAAGCCAGCGGGGAUCUUCUGCGGCAGAUUGGAGAGAAUGAGACUGACGAGCGAUUCCAGGACGUUUUAAUGAGUUUGGCUAAAGCUGUUGCCAAUGCUGCUGCCAUGUUGGUACUAAAGGCAAAGAAUGUUGCCCAAGUGGCUGAGGACACGGUCCUGCAGAACAGGGUGAUCGCUGCGGCCACCCAGUGCGCCCUCUCUACCUCCCAGCUAGUGGCGUGCGCCAAGGUCGUGAGCCCCACCAUCAGCUCCCCUGUGUGCCAGGAGCAGCUGAUUGAAGCAGGGAAGCUUGUGGAUCGCUCUGUAGAAAACUGCGUCCGCGCCUGCCAGGCGGCCACCGACGACACUGAGCUGCUGAAGCAGGUCAGUGCGGCUGCCAGUGUGGUCAGCCAGGCCCUCCACGAUCUCCUGCAGCACGUACGACAGUUUGCCAGCCGAGGCGAGCCCAUCGGUCGCUACGACCAGGCCACCGACACCAUCAUGUGCGUCACCGAGAGCAUCUUCAGCUCCAUGGGCGAUGCUGGUGAAAUGGUACGCCAGGCCCGGGUCCUGGCCCAGGCCACCUCAGACCUCGUCAACGCCAUGAGGUCAGACGCGGAAGCUGAAAUUGACAUGGAGAAUUCCAAGAAGCUCCUGGCAGCAGCUAAACUCUUGGCUGACUCCACAGCUCGCAUGGUGGAGGCUGCAAAGGGGGCUGCAGCCAACCCUGAGAACGAGGACCAGCAGCAAAGGCUGAGAGAAGCUGCCGAAGGUCUCCGGGUGGCAACCAAUGCUGCGGCCCAGAAUGCUAUUAAGAAAAAAAUCGUCAACCGACUGGAGGUUGCAGCCAAGCAGGCUGCUGCUGCAGCCACACAGACCAUCGCUGCCUCCCAGAACGCAGCCGUGUCCAACAAGAACCCUGCGGCCCAGCAGCAGCUGGUGCAGAGCUGCAAGGCGGUGGCCGAUCACAUUCCUCAGCUGGUCCAGGGGGUCAGAGGGAGCCAAGCUCAAGCAGAAGACCUGAGCGCCCAGCUGGCUCUCAUCAUCUCCAGCCAGAACUUCCUCCAGCCUGGAAGCAAGAUGGUAUCCUCUGCCAAAGCUGCAGUGCCCACCGUCAGCGACCAGGCUGCGGCCAUGCAACUGAGCCAGUGUGCCAAGAACCUCGCCACCAGCUUGGCAGAGCUGCGUACCGCCUCACAGAAGGCCCAUGAAGCCUGUGGUCCCAUGGAAAUCGAUUCAGCACUGAGCACUGUGCAGACCCUGAAGAGUGAACUGCAGGACGCCAAGAUGGCGGCUGUGGAGAGUCAGCUGAAGCCACUGCCCGGGGAGACGCUGGAAAAAUGUGCUCAGGACCUGGGAAGUACAUCUAAAGCAGUAGGCUCCUCCAUGGCGCAGCUGCUGACCUGUGCUGCUCAAGGCAAUGAGCACUACACAGGUGAGACUCGCCUUCAUGAUGCCCUGAGGCCAGGGGUGGCUGCUCGAGAGACAGCCCAAGCUCUGAAAACACUGGCCCAGGCUGCCCGGGGCGUGGCUGCAUCCACAAGUGACCCGGCGGCUGCCCACGCCAUGUUGGAUUCCGCCCGGGACGUGAUGGAGGGCUCGGCCAUGCUCAUCCAAGAGGCCAAGCAGGCCCUGAUUGCACCUGGAGACGCCGAGAGUCAGCAGAGACUAGCACAGGUGGCCAAAGCCGUUUCUCACUCCUUGAAUAACUGUGUGAACUGUCUCCCUGGGCAGAAGGAUGUGGAUGUGGCCUUGAAGAGCAUUGGGGAGUCAAGCAAGAAGCUGCUGGUGGACUCGUUACCUCCAAGCACAAAGCCCUUCCAGGAAGCCCAGAGUGAACUGAACCAAGCAGCCGCCGAUCUGAACCAGUCUGCGGGGGAAGUGGUCCAUGCCACCCGGGGCCAGAGUGGAGAGCUGGCCGCAGCCUCCGGGAAGUUCAGUGAUGACUUCGACGAGUUCCUCGAUGCUGGCAUUGAGAUGGCAGGCCAGGCGCAGACGAAAGAAGACCAGAUCCAGGUCAUAGGGAACCUCAAGAAUAUCUCCAUGGCCUCCAGCAAGCUACUGUUAGCUGCCAAAUCUCUCUCUGUAGACCCAGGAGCCCCCAACGCGAAAAAUCUCCUGGCUGCAGCUGCAAGAGCUGUGACUGAGAGCAUCAACCAGCUCAUCACACUGUGCACGCAGCAAGCUCCUGGCCAGAAGGAAUGUGAUAACGCCCUGCGGGAACUCGAGACUGUUAAGGGGAUGUUGGACAAUCCCAAUGAACCCGUCAGUGACCUCUCUUACUUUGACUGCAUCGAGAGUGUGAUGGAAAAUUCCAAGGUUCUGGGAGAGUCGAUGGCAGGGAUUUCGCAGAAUGCCAAAACCGGGGACCUCCCUGCCUUUGGGGAGUGUGUGGGGAUUGCGUCCAAGGCUCUCUGUGGGCUGACAGAGGCUGCAGCCCAGGCUGCUUACCUGGUCGGCAUCUCUGAUCCAAACAGCCAGGCAGGCCACCAGGGCCUUGUGGAUCCCAUCCAGUUUGCCAGGGCCAACCAGGCUAUCCAGAUGGCUUGCCAGAACCUGGUGGAUCCCGGCAGCAGCCCAUCACAGGUUUUGUCCGCUGCCACGAUUGUCGCCAAGCACACCUCAGCCCUGUGCAACGCCUGCCGCAUCGCCUCAUCCAAGACAGGCAACCCCGUGGCCAAGAGGCACUUUGUCCAGUCCGCCAAGGAGGUCGCCAACAGCACCGCCAACCUGGUGAAGACCAUAAAGGCCCUGGAUGGGGACUUCUCCGAGGACAACCGCAACAAGUGUCGCGUCGCCACCGCCCCCCUGAUCGCAGCUGUGGAGAACUUGACGGCAUUCGCCUCCAACCCUGAGUUUGUCAGCGUCCCUGCCCAGAUCAGCUCCGAGGGCUCCCAGGCACAGGAACCAAUCCUGGUCUCAGCCAAGACUAUGCUGGAAAGCUCAUCGUACCUCAUCCGCACUGCCCGCUCACUGGCCAUCAACCCCAAAGACCCGCCCACCUGGUCUGUGCUAGCCGGACAUUCCCACACUGUGUCUGACUCUAUCAAGAGUCUCAUCACGUCCAUCAGGGACAAGGCCCCGGGACAGAGAGAGUGUGACUUCUCCAUCGACAGCAUCAACCGGUGCAUCCGGGACAUCGAGCAGGCCUCGCUGGCAGCCGUCAGCCAGAGCUUGGCCACGAGGGACGACAUCUCCGUGGAGGCUUUGCAAGAGCAGCUGACUUCAGUGGUCCAGGAAAUCGGGCACCUUAUCGAUCCCAUUGCCACAGCGGCUCGGGGAGAAGCAGCUCAGCUGGGACAUAAGGUGACACAGCUGGCGAGCUACUUUGAGCCCUUAAUCUUAGCUGCAGUGGGUGUCGCCUCCAAGAUUCUGGACCAUCAGCAGCAGAUGACGGUGCUGGACCAGACCAAGACGCUCGCAGAGUCUGCCCUGCAGAUGCUAUAUGCGGCCAAGGAAGGCGGAGGAAACCCCAAGGCACAGCACACCCACGAUGCCAUCACGGAGGCCGCCCAGCUCAUGAAAGAGGCUGUGGACGACAUCAUGGUGACGCUGAAUGAAGCUGCCAGUGAAGUGGGGCUGGUGGGAGGUAUGGUUGACGCCAUCGCAGAAGCCAUGAGCAAGCUGGAUGAAGGUACUCCUCCAGAACCGAAGGGGACGUUUGUCGACUAUCAGACGACGGUGGUUAAAUACUCCAAAGCUAUCGCGGUAACAGCUCAGGAAAUGAUGACUAAGUCGGUUACUAACCCGGAGGAGCUGGGAGGACUGGCUUCACAAAUGACCAGUGACUAUGGGCAACUGGCUCUCCAGGGCCAGCUGGCAGCAGCCACGGCGGAACCAGAGGAGAUCGGCUUCCAGAUUCGCACUCGGGUACAGGAUCUGGGUCACGGCUGCAUCUUCCUGGUGCAGAAGGCAGGGGCCCUCCAGGUGUGCCCCACGGACAGCUACACCAAGAGGGAGCUGAUCGAGUGUGCCCGCGCUGUCACAGAGAAGGUAUCCUUGGUGCUGUCAGCUCUCCAGGCUGGGAACAAGGGAACCCAGGCAUGUAUCACAGCUGCCACUGCCGUAUCCGGGAUCAUCGCCGACCUGGACACCACCAUCAUGUUUGCGACUGCAGGGACUCUGAAUGCAGAGAACAACGAGACAUUCGCAGACCACAGGGAGAACAUUCUGAAGACAGCCAAGGCCUUGGUGGAAGACACAAAGUUGCUGGUGUCGGGGGCUGCGUCCACUCCAGACAAGCUGGCCCAGGCAGCUCAGUCCUCUGCAGCCACCAUCACCCAGCUCGCUGAGGUGGUCAAGCUGGGGGCCGCCAGCCUGGGCUCUGAUGACCCUGAGACCCAGGUAGUAUUAAUCAAUGCCAUCAAAGACGUGGCCAAGGCCCUCUCAGAUCUCAUUGGUGCUACCAAGGGAGCUGCCAGCAAGCCUGCUGACGACCCCUCCAUGUACCAGCUCAAGGGGGCUGCCAAGGUGAUGGUGACCAAUGUCACCUCCCUCCUCAAGACCGUGAAGGCAGUGGAGGACGAGGCCACUCGGGGCACACGGGCGCUAGAGGCCACCAUCGAGUACAUGAAGCAGGAGCUCACGGUAUUCCAGUCAAAAGAGGUACCUGAAAAGACAUCAUCACCUGAAGAAUCCAUCAGGAUGACCAAAGGCAUCACCAUGGCAACGGCCAAAGCUGUGGCCGCUGGGAACUCUUGUCGACAGGAGGAUGUGAUAGCCACUGCCAAUCUGAGCCGGAAGGCCGUGUCGGACAUGUUGACGGCCUGCAAGCAAGCUUCCUUCCACCCUGACGUCAGUGAGGAGGUGCGCACCAGAGCCUUGCGGUAUGGGACGGAGUGCACCCUCGGCUACCUGGACCUCCUGGAGCACGUUUUGGUGAUUCUUCAGAAACCAACACCAGAACUCAAGCACCAGCUGGCUGCUUUCUCCAAGCGCGUGGCAGGCGCCGUGACCGAGCUCAUCCAGGCAGCAGAGGCCAUGAAAGGAACAGAGUGGGUGGAUCCCGAAGACCCAACCGUCAUUGCAGAAACAGAAUUACUGGGGGCUGCAGCAUCCAUUGAGGCUGCUGCUAAGAAGUUAGAGCAACUGAAGCCAAGAGCAAAACCGAAACAAGCGGACGAGACCCUGGAUUUUGAAGAACAGAUCUUGGAAGCUGCUAAGUCCAUUGCUGCUGCCACGAGUGCCCUGGUCAAAUCGGCCUCGGCAGCCCAGAGGGAGCUGGUGGCCCAAGGAAAGGUGGGUUCCAUUCCUGCCAAUGCUGCGGACGAUGGACAGUGGUCGCAGGGCCUGAUUUCUGCCGCCCGGAUGGUGGCAGCCGCGACCAGCAGUCUCUGCGAGGCAGCCAAUGCCUCAGUGCAGGGACACGCCAGCGAGGAGAAGCUCAUCUCAUCUGCCAAGCAGGUAGCUGCGUCCACGGCUCAGCUGCUUGUGGCCUGCAAGGUGAAGGCUGAUCAGGAUUCGGAGGCCAUGAGGCGGCUACAGGCAGCAGGAAAUGCUGUGAAAAGAGCCUCAGACAACCUUGUUCGUGCAGCCCAGAAGGCAGCAUUUGGCAAAGCUGAUGAUGACGAUGUUGUAGUGAAAACAAAGUUUGUAGGGGGCAUUGCUCAGAUCAUCGCCGCCCAGGAGGAAAUGCUGAAGAAGGAACGAGAACUGGAAGAAGCAAGGAAAAAACUGGCCCAGAUCCGCCAACAACAGUAUAAAUUCCUACCCACCGAGCUGAGGGAGGACGAAGGAUAAGGCCAGAGCCAGGGAUGCGCGCCCCAGGGGACGGCCGCGCGCGAACUGGACGGACAGUGGUCCUGGGAGGCCGGGGACUGCUCGCCUCCCCCUGGGGCGAGCCCGGGCCCUGGGCGCUCCGGCUCCCUCCGCUGUGCCGUCGGGCACCGGCUGCAUGAUCGUGAUGUCUCACGGUACAGUGAGUCCCACCCACAGCUCCUCCGCCGCCUCCCCCAACCUCACGCAUCUCAGGAGAGAGGGGCGCGGGCUCACGGACUGUUACCAAAACGAAGGCAGUAUUACGUCGCCCUCGGACACUCGUGCUUCUGUCGGUCCUUCUCUAGGCCUGCUGCUGGGCCUGCUGUGAAAUCUUAAUAGAAAAAAACGAAAACAGCUCGGGGGAAAUCACUAAUGCCAUAGAUACUCAAAGAUCUUCUUCUCCCUCUCAGGCGAAGGUGGACACUGGAGUUGGACACAGUUCAUAAAAGCCAGAAACAUAAACCAGUGCGGACUCCAGGAGGGCAGCUCAGGCCUUCCUUCCUGUCUCUAGCACUGGUUCACCAGAGGGUGAACAUUACCUGCUCCCGUUUGCACGCUUUUUUGCCUCAGUGUGUAAGCUCCUUGCACAAUCUAGAUCCAACUUGUAUCCUGUGGCCCAGAAAAUUGAAUGGUUUUUUUUUCCUCCAUAAUCCAAAGGGCAGAGGCAUGGGGGACUGUCAGGGCUCGGUGAGCAGGGGCUGUAAUAAAAUGUGUGGGCUCCUUACUCUGCAGAGGCUGUUUGAGUUCAUACAAAUUCAUCCACAUAAACCCAGGUCCUCCAAGUGGCAGUCAAUACAACAGCCCCACCUUAGGCAUUCAAACUGAGGGUUCAGCUCCAGUAAAGCCAUUCCUUGGGGACCCUGUCUUCUAGGCCCCGUAUCAGAUUUUCUGCUCUCAAAAUGGUCGGCAUUCAGAAUCCUGUUUAAAACUCUGCUACCCACUCUCUAACCCAAGAUGGAUGUUUUCUCUAUGUCGUAAUAGUCCUAAAACCUAUAUGCAUUCUAACACCAUUACGAAUUUUUAACAACACAGUUUUGCUAAUUAGCCCAUCUUAAAAGUGAUGACAUACGAUAUUUUCAGAGUUUGUCUUCUGGAGGCCACAGUUCAAGAAUCUUAUAUUUCCCACCCCCACCUCCUUUCUCUUUUCAGAGCCCUCUCCUUGGAAGGGCAUUUUAAGACUUUUUUUGAGCCUCGUCCCAAGACAGUAUGUGAAGGAUGAAUGGCUUGUGGGAUGGAUACUAAUGCCAGGUAGCAGGUGUCUUUGAAAAAAAUUUCACUGGGGGAAGACAGUGGUGAUGGAGGUACGUGGUUUUUUAAAAGCUGGUAACUGUUGACAGCAGUCAUCCUCCAUUUCUCCAGUCAUGUGGUCUCACAUCUCAUAUUUCAUUCGCAGGAUAGUUUGACUAUUCCACCCGGGGGAAAGCUGAUGCUUUGGUUCUCAAAAAGUAUCACCUGCAGACCUUGCCCAGUGGUCCUGCUUUAACAGACCCUGGCCCAUGCCAUGGUUGUAAAAUGCAAUUAAACUUUGGAUGGCUCCUCCUGUUUAUAAGAGACUUGAAAGUGCUCCACGUAGAAUUUUUUCCCAGGCAAGUAGGAAGCUACAAGAAAUACAGUAUAAAUGAGAAGCAAGUGGAGAGAGUCUGUAGAGAGGUAGGGAUGAA